GGCUUCCCUCUUCCCACAGUGCCUUGCGGUAGCCGUUCAGCCGCUGCACGGCGAUUAUCUGCGGAGUCCCUGUCGGGGCUGAUGCUGGUUCCCGGUGUGAGGGUAGAUCUGCGCUCCGGUCACCAUGCAGGAGCUCAUCGCUUGUGUGGAUCACAUUCGCUUCGACCUGGAGCUGGCUGUGGAGCAGCAGCUGGGGGCACAACCUCUGCCCUUCCCGGGCAUGGACAAAUCCGGGGCAGCUGUUUGCGAAUUCUUUUUGAAGUCCGCCUGCAGCAAAGGGGGCAUGUGCCCUUUUCGUCAUAUUAGUGGGGAGAAGACUGUGGUCUGUAAGCACUGGUUACGAGGGCUUUGUAAGAAAGGGGACCAGUGUGAGUUCCUGCAUGAAUAUGACAUGACCAAAAUGCCAGAGUGCUACUUCUACUCAAAGUUUGGCGAGUGCAGUAACAAGGAGUGCCCAUUUUUACAUAUUGACCCAGAAUCCAAGAUAAAGGACUGCCCUUGGUAUGAUAGAGGCUUCUGUAAACAUGGUCCCCUAUGCAGGCAUCGGCAUACACGUAGAGUCAUUUGUGUCAACUAUCUAGUUGGAUUUUGUCCUGAAGGCCCGAACUGUAAAUUCAUGCACCCCCGAUUUGAAUUGCCUAUGGGUGCUACUGAACAACCUCCUCUACCUCAACAGACCCAGAACCAGCAAAAGCAAAAUAACAGCCAGUCGUCGCAGAGAUCGUCCUCCCUCAUCCAGUUAACAAGCCAGAGUUCACCUUUAGGCCAGCAACGGUCUCCACAGACCAUCGGUGUCAUGCAAUCACAGAACAAUAAUAUAGGAAAUCGGGGGCCCAGACCACUGGAACAGGUCACCUGUUAUAAGUGCGGUGAGAAGGGACAUUAUGCCAACAGAUGUACAAAGGGUCAUUUGGCAUUCCUGAGCGGACAGUGACUGAAGCCCUACGUGUGUGGAGGAUCCGGCGAAAUGAAAGAUGUUUUUUGGUGGAGAAAUGAAAGGACACUGGGCUUUAUUUUUUAUAUAUAUAAUUUUAACUUUUUCAAAUGUCAGGUUUCUUCUCUUCUGUAAAUAACUGGGCAAACUUAAAUUUUUGUUUGCCAUUUCUAAAGAAACAUUUCCCUUGUUUCAGUCACUUCCCAAAAUUAUAUUUUGGCAAUUCAUUUUUUUUAAUAAAAAGUGUACAUUUAUUUGUACUGUU